AAUAUAACUUAAUUGUUAUAAAACUUAGUUCUCAUUUAAAAAUUAAUAUAAAAUAAAUAACUGUAGUUUCCAAAAUGCAACAUAGUAUACAAUAUAAACAUUGAGGAACCCUGGCAUUAAGAUUUUUCUUUCCUUCUAAGAGAGGGGAAGUUCAUCACAACACCAAACUUUAGAUUUUAAACAAAAUUAUGUAAAGCAUCCACAUGCAUAUAUUCACAAAGAGAGACAUACACAUUUAUACAUAUACAUUACAUAUGUGUACGUAUAGGGAGAGAUUAAACACACAUUUAUAGAUACAUAGAUUCAUUCAUUUAUUCAUUUGUGGCCUAUACGGCUGUUUCUCGCUAAGACAACUACAGAGUUCAACUGUUUUACUAUAGAAAAAUCUUCAUCUGAUUUUAAAAUAACUUUGGGGAUAAGGUGGUUAAUAACACCGCCUUGAAACUUUUUCUCUUCAUAUAUGUAACAAAUUGCAAUUUUAAGAUCUUAGGUAAAAAAAAAAUACAUAGCUGACUGCUAAUUUUAUUUUAUUUAUUUAUUUUCAACUUUUAGCCUUUGGUGGGUUUUACAAAAAGAGCAAAGACAGAGAGAUGAUAUAAAGCAAAUAAGAAACCUAUCUUUUCCGUGCUGAAUAUUCACACAUUACUUUAAGCAGCACGCGGUUCCUCCCUAACGCUGCAUUCUCCCCCCCCCAAAGCAUUUUUUUUAAAAAAAUAUAGAGAUUGUUGAGAUUAUCUUUUUCUUUCCUUUUAUUGUUGAGGUUACAGGUUCCCCUCCUCAAAAAAAAAAAAAAAAAAAAAGGACCCACAGAAUAAAGCAAAAACUCCUAACGGGGGGUGGGAUGGGGAAGGAGUGGGGGGAGAGAGGACAGGAACACUUCGGAGAAGAUACUGGAUUGAAAUGCCACAGGCACCCCGCAUUUAGCCCUAACUUUAAUUCACAACACUGGACUUGAUCUGAGGACCGAAUCACCUUUUUCGUUUCGCCAGAAGAUGUAACCUUCCGCUCAAUUCCGAAGUUCCAGGUUCUGCCGCAGAGCAUACCAGAAAAGAAAUAACUACUUAUACCCCCAAACUGCCAGUUGUUUGGGACUGAAAUACUUCUUUCAAAGCCCAGCGGGGAAAUGCUUUAACCUGACGACUGAGGCUUCUUAUGGUUUCCACUCCUUCUUAGGAAUCAGCCAUAGAUACAGGGACACAGACAUUAUACAUACAUACAUACAUACAUACAUACAUGCAUACAUACAUACAUACAUGCAUACAUACACUGCAGACAUCCCAAGCGGUCGAUAUGCAUGCUCCCCCGCGCGCAUACAGACGUGUGGGAUAUAUGCAUGUGUGUGUGUGUGUUUGCCUGUAUGUACAAUAUCUCCCAAGCGCACAAUACACCCGUCCCACAUAACCUUUCCGUGCUUGCGCCGUCCUAAGGAGAAGGUGCUGUAACACUUCUGGAAGAGGCUUAAAAAUCUCGGGGCGUGGAUUCUCCUUGCAGUCAACUUGAUCGAGGGUGGGGGUCUUUAUUUCGUCGGUAAAAAAAGUCCGGGUCUUCCCUUUAGUUUACGCGCGCUCUCUUGCUCUCUCUCUCCACCUUUCGCCCUCUUUCCCCCACCCCCCACCCUUCAUUUCUCUUAUUUAAAAAACGCGUCCUUUGCUGGUUUGUUACCAGUGCCAGAGCCCCGAACUAUACCUCUCUUCCACGAACACAGGGAGAUGUCACGGAUAAGGUUGCGGAAGUGCCACAGAAAUAUGGUGCCAGCCACAAAUGCUUGUGUGUGCGUCCGUGUGUAUAUUUGUGUGUGUGCGCGAGAGAGAGUCAGAGAACCUCCCGCACACCUGCAAGUUACCUAACCUUAGUGGGAAAAGAUAAAGGGAUAGAUAUCCCCCCCUGAAAAAGUUGUUUUUUUGGGGGGGGGCAAUCCUCAGCGUCAAGCGAGUCUGCUUGAGCUCCGGCCACUCAGCCCCUCUUGAGAGUCGGAAAAAAUCCGCAUCCGAGGCGCCUCUAAUGAAGUACCGUAGGUCUCGUUGGGGACUGGAAAUCGCUCCUGAGCCUUGCCUUGUUGUUGGGGCGCCCCAAAGUUGGGAGCGGAGCGCCUUUCAGAAGGAGCCCAGGGUUGCAUUUGACUUUUUCCUGCCAGCCCUAGUUAGCUCUGAACUCUGCGGCGCGCUAUUAUUUACAGUGAGUUCCCAAACUAAACACAAUAGUAUAAUUUAACCUUUCCAGGCACUCGUAAAUUUUUACGGCUGUGAAACAGAGCAACGCAAAUGAAUAUGCCCAUAGUUACUGACUUAAUAACAGCCCGUGGCUCCCGGAACAAUAACUCCUUAUGAAAUAUAAUAAAUAUGUAUUUAAAUACAGAUUGCCGCCAGUGUUAUUUUCUUUAUGGCAUAAACGAUUGUAUAAUUUUAUGUGAAGGUCUCCGAUCACAAGGAGAGCAGCAUGUCUGCGCGUUGCCCUCUUUCUCUCGCUCUCUUUCUCUUUUCCCAAGGAACAAGAACCAUUGAUGGAAUGAUUAAUUAUGAUAUAAAAUAGUCCACUUAAAAAGAGUGAUCAUAAUAGACCCCCUCAAAAAACAGUCGGAUCUUUUUAUCUCAUUUGGCCACAAUUAAAGCAAACUUUGCUCUAUAACUUGCUUAUUCCUUUGCAUUUUAAAAAAAAGAGAGCAUAUGGCUUUGCUAUAAAAAAUGAUGGCUGGAAAACACUGACCCAUUAAUAGCCUGCGGACUGAUUUAUUCUUUAUUGUUCUGCUGCCCGGACACGUGACACGCGGCAGCCAAUGGGCUGACAGGCAGCCUUCAACUUAUUAGGUGACUGUACUACUUCGCAAGGACCAAGUUGUUACAUGAAAUCUGUAGUUUCAUAAUUUCGCCAGGGCUCGCCUCUCCUUUGGUUUGGCUGGGGUGGCGAUGUCUUCGUCGGGGACGCUCAGCAACUAUUACGUGGACUCGUUCCUCCUCCACGAGACCGAGGAGCUGGUGCAGUCGCGCUACGCUUCGGCCCCUCUGGGCCAGCCGGCCAGGCAGGCGACCCUCGGCGAGCACCCCGAGUUCACCCCCUGCAGCUUCCAGUCGAAAGCGUCCGUCUUCAGCACUUCCUGGAAUGCCGUGCACCCGCCGAGCGCCAACAAUGUGCCGGCAGUCUACCACCCGUACGUGCAUCACCAGCCACCCGACGGCAGGUACAUGCGUUCGUGGCUGGAGCCGAUGCCGGCCUCCUUGUCUUUCCCCGGCUUGCCGGCUAGCAGGCAUUACGGCAUUAAACCUGAACCGCUCACGGCCAGGAGGGGUGACUGUACCACCUUUGACACGCACGCACUCUCUCUGACUGACUAUGCUUGUGGUUCUCCUCCAGCUGAUAGGGAUAAGCCAGCCAACGACGGGGCAUUCUCGGAAAACAAUGGCGAGAGCGAGGCAAACGGAGACAAACCCCAGCUGGAUCCAAAUAACCCAGCAGCAAACUGGUUACAUGCAAGAUCCACUAGGAAAAAGCGUUGCCCUUACACCAAGCAUCAGACACUGGAGUUGGAGAAAGAGUUUCUCUUCAAUAUGUAUCUUACCAGGGACCGAAGGUACGAAGUGGCCAGGCUCCUGAAUUUAACGGAGAGACAAGUGAAAAUCUGGUUCCAGAAUCGUAGAAUGAAAAUGAAGAAAAUUAACAAAGAUCGAGCAAAGGAUGAAUGAUCCUGGACGGCAGGUUUAAUCUGUGUCAAAACAGCAAAAUCCGCCCUCCCCCCGUGGUCCUUCAGCGCCACACAACGCAACUCCUCUCCCCCACAUCCUGAAACUGUGUCCAGGCCUCACCUAUUUUUAUUUUUUCAUUGUUGUUUGUCCUUGGCCAAUUCAGCUCUUGAAUGUACCUCGCCAGCGUGCAGAAAGACCCGCUGUGUCCUGCUGCUAUUUUGGAGGUAUAGUCUUUUUCCCGUUUUCUAUUCAUAGAAAAGCAAAGGAGGGACAUUGCCGCACCAGGGUGAUAUGUUGCUUUGUCUAAAUCUACCUGUCAAGAAAGAAAAAGAAAAAGAAAAAAAGAAAAAGAAAAAGAAAAAGAAAAAGAAAGAGUAAGAAAGAAAGAGAAAGAAAACUACCUUUUAAUGCACAAUUCUUUAUGGACUGUAUAGGUUAGUUGAAGUAGUUAAAUUUAUUUGCUUGUCGCAAGGCAGAGAGAGGUCUGCUGUAAUACUUGAACACUGUGUUUUAUUGUGGUAUUAUAUUUGUGACUCAAUUUUUGUGCUUGGGUGCUGUACCAGAUGUGAUUGUGUAAGCUAGAAUACAAUUUGAACUCAGGUUGUUUAUUAUAAAGAUUGCAUAGAGUAUAGCUCUGUAGUGUAAGGACGGAGUCUUUUUUUCUGUACCAUUGAACAGUUAACCUUGGAUUGUAGGGAUAAAAAUUAUAAACCAUCCAUUUCGUAUCCUAACUUUUAAACAUAAAAGAAAAGCAAACACUAUCUGGAAUAAAAAGGAGCGUAUUGGUUCCUCUGAAACCAGUCAUUUAAGUAUGCACACAAUCUAUCUAUCUAUCUAUAUAUAGUACAGUUUUCGUCAGUUGUAUAUAUAUUAUCUAUAUAUUAAAGAAAGAAACCCUUAAUAAUCAAAUUAGCUUGAAUAUUGUUUUUGCACCCGUGAGCAGUUCUCAGAUAUCGGAGCUAUACCUAUAUGUGAAAAAGGUAACUACUACCUAUGGUUUACGUUUUAAGAUUAAUCAAAUAACUUGAUUCCUAUUGUAAUGAAAUUUAAUUUUAUUGAUAAUAAAUUAUACACUAAAAACUACCUUUGGUUAUUGCAGAUGUGUAUUAAUUUUUUUUAACAACCUGAAAGUUAUGUCUAUGCAGAAGCUACACUUUGUAUAUUUUGCCAAACUUACCUCGUGGCUUACUGACCAAAUAGUUUUGUCCAAAAUGAUAUUUAACUUUUUUGCUAAAUAAAAAAAAAUAUUGAUUCUUUUA